UGUGUGACGUCACGGAUCCUGCGACAGACAGAUCCUUCAAUCGGCAUGUUGCAGAAAAAGUAGGUAGGUCUUUACCUCGUUUGAUUGUUCUAGCGAGCGGGCGAUUUCUGCACUUGAUACAAGCAUGCGACGUGCACACAUAGAUAGAUGAUGCGCCUAAUUGGGCACUUUUUGCCACUGACGACGAGGACAAGAUUUGAAGCGGAAUGGAGACGUGGACUCCCAACCCCCGAGCCAAGCCAUUUAUACCCCGCCAGCAAAGAAGCUUGUAUCUCACUUAUAAAUACAAAGUGUUCAACAAGAGGUCUAUUCGUCGCUUCUGUCAGGCUGGUGCUGUACUCUUUCUACUGGUAACUGUCGUAGUCAAUAUUAAACUCAUCUUGGACACAAGAAGAGUUGCUAAUGAAGAAGCAGCAGCAGCAGCAGCAGCUGCUCAAGAAUACGAGGACGUAAUGCCCAACAGGGAGACUCCUCGCAGACCAAAGGCAAACGGGCGCAAGGUCCUUGACAUUGAGGUGUACUCGAGCCGCUCCAAAGUUUACGUGGCAGUGGAUGGCACCACGGUGCUGGAGGAUGACACGCCGCAGCAAGGAAGAGGCAUCCAUGUGAUUGUUCUCAACCAGGCUACAGGUCACGUGAUGGCCAAGAGAAUUUUUGAUACCUACUCACCCCAUGAGGACGAAGCCAUGAUCCUCUUUGUCAACAUGGUGACUCGAGGUCGAGUUCUCAUCUUCACCAUUAAGGACGAGGGUACGUUCCAUCUCAAAGAUGCGGCCAAAAACUUGCUGAAAAGUCUGGGGAGCCAGGUCUCGCUCCUUCUCAGCUGGAGAGACAUGUGGACUCUGGUGGUGAAAAAAGGAGGUCAAGUGUAUGGUGAAAAGCAGUCCAAAUCUCCUGCUCUUUCCACCUGGGGCGAUCCGGUUCUUCUUAAAACAGAAGUGCAGCUCACUGCCUCUGAAGAGGGCGAGUGCCAUUGGGCAGACACCGAGUGGAACAGGCGGCGGAAGCUGUUCUGCAGCAAAGUGGAGGGAUACGGCAGCAUCUGCAGCUGCAAAGACCCGGCGCCCAUUGAAUUCAACCCGGAACCUCUGCCCAAUAACAGCGUCUUCAACGUCCCCGUCGCCGUCAUUGCGGGAAACAGACCCAACUAUCUCUAUCGAAUGCUCAGGUCGCUUCUUUCCGCUCAUGGUGUUAACCCGCAGAUGGUCACGGUCUUCAUUGAUGGCUAUUAUGAGGAGCCUAUGGAUGUGGUGGCGCUGUUUGGACUGAAGGGAGUUCAGCACACACCCAUCAGCAUUAAGAAUGCUCGGGUGUCACAGCACUACAAGGCCAGUCUGACUGCAACGUUCAACCUUCAUCCGGAGGCCAAAUAUGCUAUUGUGGUCGAGGAAGAUUUGGACAUCUCCAUUGACUUUUUCAGUUUUCUGAGUCAGACCGUCCAUCUGUUGGAUGAGGACGACAGCCUGUAUUGCAUCUCAGCUUGGAACGAUCAGGGCUACGAACACACGGCAGAGGAUCCCGCCUUGCUCUACAGAGUGGAGAGCAUGCCCGGCCUGGGCUGGGUCCUGAAAAAGAGCCUCUAUAAGGACGAACUGGAGCCUAAAUGGCCAACACCGGAGAAGUUGUGGGAUUGGGACAUGUGGAUGCGAAUGCCAGAGCAGAGGAAGGGCCGAGAGUGCAUCAUACCCGACGUGUCCCGCUCCUACCACUUUGGCAUCAUCGGCCUCAACAUGAACGGCUACUUUCAUGAGGUGUAUUUCAAGAAACACAAGUUUAACACGGUUCCUCGCGUGCAGCUGAAGAACGUGGACAGCUUAAAGAAGGAUGCUUAUGAAGUGGAAAUACAAAACCUGUUGGGGGAGGCGGAGGUGCUGGACCACACCAAGAACCCGUGUGAGGACACCACGCUGCCAGACUCUUCUGUGGGCAAAAUCUACGUCAUGUUCAUUAAGAUGGAGUCUGAGACGGACACCUCCACCUGGACCGAGCUGGCUAAGUGCCUCCAUGUUUGGGACUUGGAUGUUCGUGGAAAUCACCGAGGCUUGUGGAGGCUCUUUAGAAAGAGGAAUCAUAUCCUGGUGGUGGCCGUGCCAAUCUCCCCAUACUCUGUGAAGAAACCUGCCAAUGUCAAACCAAUCUACUUAGAGCCUCCCACCAAAGAAGAGGCUGCACCAGCAGAGCAGCUAUAAACACACACACAUGCACAGACAGACUUAAAGCCUGCUCACCACCACAACAUUUGAACCAGCUCAGGCCUUAAGGAAUUCUUCAACACAGGACCCGCAACCUUUCCUUUUUUUAUGAUAACAAAACACUGCUAAAUCAAUCUGCCAUUGCUAAGGGACUGAUUCUAUUUGCCUAAAAUGGUGGGAACCUACUUGAUGAACAAUUUUCCCCCAUUACUAUAUUGCUUGACUUUUUUGCAGAAGAUACCUACUUUGUAGGCACUUUAUUGCAAUCCCUUUUUAAAGUGCUUUUUAUGUUCCUAUAGAUACUGCACAGUAUUGGAAGUACAUCAAAAUUGCUGAAUAAUGUCCAUAUUUCAAAUAAUGAACAUUUGCUCCGCUAAUCAAGCUGAUUGGAGGCUUUCUUGAAUGGAAAUUAGUCCAGGGUUGGAGAAGGAUAGAAAUUAUACAGCUGCUCUUUUGAGAACGCAAGACAAGACCCAAACUACCUAGCAACAACACAACACACAGCACCUAUCAAUACUGUGCACUAUUUUCUUGCAUUUCAAAUGUGUCAGAACAAGGUGUCGUGUUAAAAGUGUAUGAGAGGUAUGAGACGAUGUAUCUAAAAAAUAGAAAAAGAAGGCCCAUCCAGAAAAGUUGACUGAUUAAAGAAAAGAGCGGUGUUAUAUAGUCAUGGUGUCAAAUUUUCAAUUUUCUUUCUUUUAACUACUGAGAGCUUCGGCCACAAACUGUUGAAGUUAUCUGUAUUUAUUUGUCCCUUUAUCAAUGAAAGUGUUUGCUUUUCUUUUGUCUCUAUUUCAAGAUUCAAAAUGAUGAUCAUGUAUGUAUAUAUAUAUAUGUAUAUACAUAUGUAUAUAUUUUGAGGAAAAAUGUUCCAUAUGUAUUUUUAACUGAGGAGGUUGAGGAUGGUUCUUUAAAAAGCCCUGUGGGUUUUUAAUAUUGACUGCAUGGCUCAGUUGCCUCUGGUUGGAUUUCUUUUCUUUGUAGUACAUCAAACUGAGAAAAUAUUCAGAUUGAGGCCCUGGAAAAUGCAUGAACAUCAAGAAUAUUCUGAUUUGUACAACUCCAAGUGACAUUAAAGUUGCGGAAAACUCUUUUUCACUCCACAA